ACUACAUACAUACCAAACACCAUACCAUAUAUCUUUAUAAAAUAAUAAUAUCUGGUAUCGGCAGUCUCAUCAAUUAUAUAAUUGAAAUGAAUAUUCUUGCAGCCAUGCAUGCAAAUCCAGUAGCAAUCUCAAUAAUUUUGGCGGCGUUGCUCAUGGCUGAGAAAUCCAUUGGAGCAGGAGACACGCUCUCACAAAGGGAAUCUCUCACAGGAAACCAAACAUUAACCUCAAAGAGUGGAACGUUUGAAAUGGGUUUCUUCCCAACAUCCACAAACAGAUUCUACCUAAGCAUUCGUUACACCCAGAUUCCAAAACCUCUAGUUUGGAUCGCAAACAGAGAAAAUCCAUUGCCAGACCCAACCACUUGCAAGCUACAAAUAUCUUCCAACGGAGAUCUUCAAGUCUACAACGGCAGUGAUAUCUUCUGGUCAACUUCCUCGUCCUCGUCCACGUCACCGGAAAGCGUGGUCGCGGUGCUCCUUGACGACGGAAACCUGAUCCUGAGAGAUGAACGGCAAGGCAUCAUCAUGACUUGGCAAAGUUUCCAUCACCCUACGGAUACUUGGCUGCCCGGAGCUACACUUAGCAUCGGACAGCGGCUGGUUUCCUGGACGAGCAACGAGGAUCCUUCGCCGGGAAUGUUCUCGGCGGAGAUAUCGCCUGAAUCUACGAUCGUCUUCAAGUGGCGGGGCUCGGCUGUGUAUUGGGAGAGCGGAAGCCUGGAGUAUGCUGAUCAGUGGGGGUUGGAUGACUGGCUCGUUUUUCAACCUAAUGAAAAACUAGGUAAUUCUUGGAGGCUUGAUAAUGCUCCCUCAUUCCCCACCCCUGUUUUCUCGAUGCUGGUGAUGAGUGUAGAGGGGAGAUUAAGGAGGCUAACAUCGUGGGGAACAAGUCUACCAAAUGAAUAUACGUUCUUGCCUGGAAAACUUUUCUGUGGAGCCUAUGGUAUAGUCAGUAGCAGUAGGUGCGAGUGCGUGCGUGGUUUCAGCCCCUCGUCGUCCUCGCCCAUCCCCGGGGCUCCCAGCUGUGAUAGGAACACCCCUCUCGAUUGUGGAGACAGGGAGGGGUUUAUGGAGAUUUCAGAUAUCAUCAAGUGGCCUAAUCAAAAAUUAAGGCCAAGAGAUGGCGCUGAUUCUGAUAACAAGUGUGAGCUCGCCUGCCUAUAUAACUGCAACUGCACAGCUUAUGCUUUUGAUCUCGGAAAAUGCUUCGUCUGGGAAAGAGAUUUAUUUGGUAUGGAACGCGGUGCUUCAGGAGGCCGCAAGUUGCACCUCAAACUUGCCUCUUCUGAUCUUCCAAAGCAACCAAGUCAAAGAAACAAGACAUUGGAGGUGAUGAUUGCAGUUGUGGUUCCAGUAGUAGUGGUGCUUGCCACUGCCGCCUUCUUCUACAAUAGGAGGACCAAACACAACAAAGUGAACAAGGAAGCAGGGGAGGAUCUUUUGUCGUUCGAUUUCAACUCAACUAAUGAUGGAACAAUUUUGAGGACAACAAGUAACAUGGAAAUUGAUUUGCCCAUGUUUAGUUAUUCAAGUGUUUCUGCUGCAACAAACAACUUCUCACCUCAAAAUAAGCUCGGAGAGGGAGGAUUCGGACCAGUUUACAAGGGAGGAUUACAAAAUGGACAAGAAAUAGCCAUAAAGAGACUUUCCCAAAAAUCUGGACAAGGUUUUGAAGAAUUCAGAAAUGAAAUCUUAUUGAUUGCAAAACUGCAGCACCGGAAUCUUGUUCGCCUCUUAGGCUGCUGUAUUGACCCUGUUGAGAGCAUACUCAUCUAUGAGUACAUGCCUAAUAAGAGUCUAGACUUGUUCCUUUUUGGAUCAAAGAAACAAGAGAUGCUAGACUGGAAAACACGCACACGCAUUGUUGAAGGGGUUGCUCAAGGGCUUCUCUACCUCCAUGAGUACUCGAGGGUGCGUAUAAUUCAUAGAGAUCUCAAGGCAAGUAACAUUCUUCUAGAUGAUGAGAUGAGCCCCAAGAUAUCGGACUUUGGGAUGGCGCGUAUCUUUGGAGGCGCUGAUUCGCGGGGCUACACCAACAGAGUUGUUGGAACGUUUGGCUACAUUGCUCCUGAGUAUGCAUUGGAAGGCCUCUUCUCCACAAAAUCUGACGUGUACAGUUUUGGAGUUUUGAUUCUUGAGAUUAUUAGUGGCAGGAAGAACACUGGCUUCUACAAAACUGACUCCCUCCAUCUUCUUGGACAUGCAUGGAAUCUGUGGAUUUCGGGCAGAGGUGUGGAACUGGUGGAUGCUAAGGUGGGGUCUCCGGCAGCUUCGACGGCGUUGAGGUACAUAAAUGUGGGACUUUUGUGUGUGAAAGAAAAUCCCAAUGACAGACCAAACAUGUCCAGUGUGGUGUCCAUGCUUAGCAGUGAGAUUGCAGCUCUUCCACCACCCAACAAGCCUGCAUUUUCAACUACAGAUUUGCUCAGUAAAUAUUCAUCACAUCCAAAAAGUGAUGAAGAUCCUUCUUCUUCUGGAAAUCACUUAACUGUUUCAACUAUUGUGCCCAGAUGAGACGACGACGAAGAUGAUGAUGAUGGUCCAGUUAUGUUUUGAGUGUCUUUUUUUCAUUAGGGGAAAUAUACUGCAUUUAAGUUUACUAAAUUCAUUUUUAAGUUUGUUAAAUACUAUUUGUAGAAAAUAUUUUAUGACUUUUGUAUCAAUAAACUUCAAUACACACAUGUA